UUAACGGCGUGCUUGCCGCCAUCUUGCCUUCAUGAGUGUUUAAGUCAUUUGGUCAGAAAUCUUCAAUAAGUAACGAAGAAAUAAUUAUUGUCCCUCGUCAUCCAAAAGAAACAGCUUAGCAUAUAACCUUGUCAUCUCUGCCUCUUGAAAAUUACGAAAAAGUCGAAGGAAGGUGAACUAAAACGACUAAAACAUGACGCAGUACGUGCGAGUCACAGAAGAUGAAAGCUGUCCAGAACAAGCGAUAGAACUCCCCUUAGAACCAGAUGGCUCUCUUCUUCUUUCCAACAUACAAGGACAGUUUCCAGGAGCUUGUGGUCUGAGAUAUAGAAGUCCUGAUACACAGUCGCUUCGUGCUGUUCGGUUGGCGGAAAAUGUGCUCUUUCCACCAUUUGAUGAAGGAUGGGGAAACUUGCUGUUCAUGGUCGUCCCGACCAAAAUAGACACAGCAAGCAAGCGUAAAAUAGAAGAGUCUCCAACUGGUAAGGAACCAGAAACAAAAAUGACCAAAGUAGAAGGCAUAGGAGAUCUUAUCGUACUUGGCCUGCCGUUCCGCACCACAGAGCCUGAGAUGAAAGAAUACUUUGGUCAGUUUGGAGAAGUGGAUUACUGUGAGGUAAAAUGCGAUCCUGUAAGCAAAAAAUCAAGAGGGUUUGGUUUUGUAAGAUUUGUAAAUGAUGAAGAUGCCAAAAAUGUAUUAUCCUCUUCACACAAAAUUCAAAAUCGUCUUUGUGAAGUCAGGCUUCCAAGACCAAAGGAAGAGCUGAACAUCCCUAAAAAGCUCUUUGUUGGCCGUAUCCCAGAUGGAGCAGCAGAGAAGGAACUACAAGAAUAUUUCAGCCAGUUUGGAGAACUAACAGAUGUCUACAUCCCAAAACCAAACAGAAAUUUUGGAUUUGUAACCUUCGCAUCUGGUGAGAUUGCCAAAAGCGUAGUCAGCCAGAACCAUCGUCUUCAUGACAGUCUCCUCAAUGUAUCAUUUGCUGAACCCAAAGCUAAUUCCAUGCGAGGUGCAGCAGCCUCUGGGUACCCAAUGGGCAUGGGCUAUGACAUGUGGUAUUCUGGUAGUCGGCAAGGGGGAGGGAGUGGUUAUAAUGCUAAUGCUGCAUCGGCUUAUAAUAUGAUGAGCAUGAUGGGCCAGGGGAUGCCAGGUAUGAUGGGCAGUGGUACUACCAACAAAACAUGGUCAAGAGGGGCUAGUCCUGGUAGUAUGGCCAGGAAAUAAGAAAGUUAUCAACAUUAUAUAGAAAGACUAGAGGCUGUACUUGCCUUCAUCUAUGAUAAGCACAUCUUAACUUGGUUAAAAACAUUUUAAAAUGUUCCAAUUGAUCUUGCAUUAACUAGAAAUAGAAAGUUAUUUUUACGCAGCAAACGUGAAGAAUAAAUGUUGAAUGUUCUGAAAGUAAA